UUAUUAUCAAAUUGAAAUGACUUCAAAUUAUGCGCAAAAUAUGUAAUUAUGGUUAACAACUCUUGUCAAAUGAAUAUGUUAAAUUAAGAGCGAGGUUGUUAAAUAGAGAAAAGUUUUAAUUUUUGGUUUAAAAACGCCUUCGUCACACCAGUUUUAAACCAAUCGGAUUAUAUUUGUUUCGGAAAAACCUUUAUUCCGUUAAAGUUUAUAAGUUACUUAAGUAUUGUACGUUUAAAGUAGAAUCACACAACUUCAUAGAAUUUAUAAAGUUCUUGUAGAAUAAACUUUAUUGAACAAAAUAAAAACACCAUUUUUUAAAAAUGACCGAAAAAGAUGAAGAUGAGACAAUGAAUGAUACUGCAUCAAGAUUGGACAACAUUAACAAAAGAAAUAUUGAGCAAUUACAAAGAAAACACAUGGAGAAAUGUCUAAGUGUUAAGGGGAAAAUAGGACCUUUCAAGUUUUACUUUAAUCCUUUUACUACAAUCGUAUCCGCAGUUAUAAUUUGGGCAUUUGUUGCAUAUUGUAUUUCUAAACCUGUUAGUGCAAAAAAAGACCUUAUGAAAGUGAAACGUUGGGUAACAGACAAAUGGACAUGGUUGUAUAUUGGAACACAAGAUGCUUGGGCGCUUUUUGUUGUGGUUUUGUAUUUUUCAAAGUAUUCGUCUUUGAAACUAGGCCGCGAUGAUGAAAAACCUGAGUAUAGCAACAGUAAUUACUUUAUGAUGUUGUUCAGCGCUGGAGUUGGUAUUGGCUUAUUUUAUUACGGAGUUGCUGAACCCAUAUAUCACUACAAACCUAAACCCUUCGGAAAUCGUUUUUAUCAAAGAUACAAUGACAAUCAGCAAGCACAAGAUGCCAUCAAUUUAACAUAUUUUCAUUGGGGUUUUCAUGGUUGGAUUGUUUAUGUCAUUAUUGGUUUGUUAUUAGGUUUUCUUUCUUAUCGGCGUGGUUUACCUCUAACUAUGCGUACUUGUUUUUAUCCAAUUCUUGGAGAGAAAAUUUUUGGCAUUAUUGGAGAUUUAAUUGAUACUUUAUGUAUAAUUUGUACAAUGUUUGGUGUUUGUACAAGUCUUGGAUUGGGAGUUGUUCAGUUAAAUAACGGAAUUCAUCGUAUUGACUCGCGCAUCAAGGAAACAGUAAAUGUCCAAAUAGUAAUUAUUUGGUGUGUCACUGCUUGUGCCACUGCUUCUGUUGUAAGUGGGUUAAAGUUUGGCAUCAAGUUACUUUCACAAGUGUGUUUUGGAAUGGGUUCAUUACUUCUGUUGAUUGUAUUUUUUUCUGAUAAAACCAUAUUUAUUUUAAACUUGUUUGUUCAAUCUUUUGGAUAUUAUCUUCAAUGGUUUAUACAAAUUGGUUUUCAUACGGAAGCAUUUGCUCAAUUGGGAAAUGCACCAGACAAAAAAGAAAACCCAAACUGGAUUGAUGAGUGGACCAUUUUUUACUGGGGAUGGUGGAUAAGCUGGUCUCCAUUUGUUGGGAUGUUUAUCGCCAAAAUUAGCAGAGGACGAACAAUAAAAGACUUUAUUUUUUAUACUCUUACAGUUCCUUCAAUUUAUUCAUUUUUUUGGUUUACUGUGUUUGGUGGUGUUGCAAUACAGUUUGAAAACACAGCAGUAAAUAGAGGAAUGAACUGUUCUAUGUACGAACAGCCAAUACAAAACAUAUCAAAAUUCAAAACAAAACAAGAAGAACUUUAUGCAUUUUUUGGUUCUACAAUGCUAUCGUGUCGAGGUACAAGCGAUAUGUGGUUUGAUGUCAUGAAUAUGUAUGGAGAUUUAGGAACAUUUUUAGCCGUUUUAUCUUUGAUAGCAAUCAUUCUUUAUUUUGUAACAAGUUCCGACAGCGGUUCUUUAGUCAUUGAUUGUUUAUCAGCGAACGGGAAUCCAGAACCACCAGUAAUGCAAAGAGUUUUUUGGUCCUUAACAGAAGGAGCAACAGCUACAGCACUGCUAGUGGCUGGAGGUGUCGAUUCAUUGAAAGCUCUACAAACGGUUUCAGUGGCUUGUGGACUACCUUUUACAUUUUGUUUAAAUUGGACGUGUGUUGCAAUGUGGAGAGUAGUUCGUGAAGAAGCAGGAGAAAUAGGAGAAAAAGAUGGAAGAUGGCAGUUUUCAAUGUGGUCGUGGAACUGCAGAAGAAGAAUCAUCAAAUCGAUAAUAUCAAUAUUUUUUCCAUGGUUUUACUUAGCUCAUGCAAAAAUGAAACUAGAGAACAAGACUUUGUUUAAGUAUUUCAUUAUGUAUAGCCUUCCGUUUGCAAUACCAUUUUACCUUUGGAUGGCAUUAAUGAUUGGUGAAUUGCAUGUUAAAGGUUUAUCUUAUGUUGGUUGGGCUAUACUUGUUUUUUUCUUUGUAUUUGGUGGUUCCUUCCGUAACGAGGUCCGUGAAAAGUAUGAUAUUGAAGGUGAUAUGAUUGAAGAUGUUUUUUGUUUUGUUCUAGUUUAUCCAAUAGCAGUUAUGCAAAUUCAUGAGCAAAUUGAAUUUGGCCAUCUUUCAAGUAAUGAAUUUGAAUUAGCAAUUAUAAAUGAAAAAGAUGACGAAAGUAAACAUUGCUUAAAGUCAUUUUAAAACGUUUGUAUAAUUUUAUAAUUAUAACAUUUAUAUUGAAUGUUA